UAGCAAAAGGCCAGUAGGCAGGCAGGCAGCAGGUGGAGGAGUCAAAGGCGGAAGCUUUGCCUGCCAUGGCCAUGCCGUCCACCGCGUCUUGCUGCUUCGCCUCCUCCUCAUCCCCCCAUGGCCGGCCCCGCCUCCGCCUCCUCCUGACCCACACCACCACUGCCUGGACCCCCGCGCGCAUCCGCCUCGUCUCCCGCUCCGCCCCUUUCCCCCGGAACCUCCUCCCGGUCUCCUCCUCGUCCCAGCCGACGCCGGAUGUCGCCGGAGACCAAGGGGAAGACCUCACCGCCCAGGGGGGCAGGGAGGUGGAGGAGGACCGGGACGAGCGGUACGGUUUCGAGAUGGAGGUGCGGAAGCUGCCGGGGAAGAAGAACCGGCGGCUGGUGCGCGCGCGGGUGCGGGUCGGCGCGCCGCUCCGGGCCGUCUGGGCCACGCUCACCGACUACGAGGGCCUCGCCGGCUUCAUUCCCGGCCUCUCCGAGUGCCGCCUCCUCCACCAGGACAAAGCCUUCGCCCGCCUCUACCAGGUCGGGGAGCAGGAUCUGGCGCUGGGGUUCAAGUUCAACGCCAAGGGCACCAUAGACUGCUACGAGGGGGAGAUGGAGCUGCUCCCGGAGUCCGGGGCACGCCGCCGGGAGAUCGACUUCAACAUGGUGGACGGUGAUUUCAAGGUCUUCCAGGGCAAAUGGUCUGUCCAAGAGGUCGAUGGUGCAGGAAUUUCAGCGGCGCAGGAAUUUCAGACUACGCUUUCGUAUGUGGUGGAGCUGGAGCCUAAGCUCUGGGUUCCGGUUCGGCUACUGGAAGGGAGGAUCUGCAAGGAGAUCAAAACCAACCUUAUUUGUAUCCGAGAAGAAGCAGAGAGGAUCCAAAGGUUACUGGACGAGUGAUAACUAGGAUGAAUCCUGAAGGCUUUCUCACAAUGCCGUUCUGGAUUAUAGUUCUGUGUACGCUCCGCUCCUUAACAGAGGGAAUCAGGUAAACAAAAAUCAGCACGCUUCUUGCGUCAAGGUGUUGUGGAAGGCCCCCCAGUUGAGUUGACAUGGCUGGAUAACGAAUGGAGGGACCUUACCUGAUCUGAGUCUUGCAGUUUAGGAUUUGUUUUUGCUACUUAAUUGAAGAGUGGGCAACUCAGCAUACAUAAUUUUGUUAGAAGAUGUUGGCGGGAUGGUUGACUGUAAUGCAUAGACAGCGAACACUUGUCCAGUUGUUUUUGUUGUAAUGUCAUCUCUGAUGUAAUAUAAUACAGCGGAUAAAUUACCAGUUCCUUUGAUACAGUUGAACAGUAAAGCAGUUCAGAACAAGUUACCAAUC